CGCCAUGUAACCGCCAGAAUGCAUCACCCAGCCAGUCACAGACCAGCAAGCUGGGGAGCCCAGGUUCAAUCCUCGCCCGGCCCCACGAGCCAGCGCCAAAGUUGCUCCGGCCAGCAUCGCCAGCCGCUGUGACGACUCUAUCUGUCUAAAUACCCUUUACAUGCCGCAUAUUUCUCCUCACUCAUGUCACAUCUCUCUUGGGUCAUGUUUCGCAUUUCAACGCCAGGAGGUUCCAUCACGCAGCGAUCGCCUUCAUAAGAGCAAGGCCGGUCUCCAUCAUGCUUUUUGGAACUCGUCCUCGUCCUUCAUCAUCAUCAUCCCUCGCCCUCUUGACCUCUGUGCUUCUGUGGCCUUCAUCUGCCUCUGCAACGCCGAUUCACGACACCAAGUUUCUACCCGCGCAGAUUGGCGGUAUCAUUGCGGCAUACGGAGUCUCCUUGGUGCUGGUCGCCAUCCUGUUGCUUUCGCUUUCUAGACGACGAAGAGAACAUCUUAGUGGGAACGAUAUCCCCAGCUACGUUCUUCAACUUCCGGUAGACCCAAAGUUCCAGCAGUUUCAGCAACAGCAGCAGCAGUUCGAUUUCGCAGCUCAACCCGAGGGCCACGUUGUUCCCCCUCUGAUCAUCCCAAAGUCCGAGUACUAUCACUCUGGUCCAUAUAGCGCCCGCAUCUUCGAUCCCAAGGCGCAUCCCGCAUCAUACAUUUUACCAUCGCCCUCUUCGUCUGCUAUUCCUUCCACUCUUGGAGUCUCACCACUUGUAGACCAAAACGUCGUUGCAGCAGACAGAGCCAUGGCGCAACAACAGCUUGAAGAAAUGUACAAAUAUGUCAUGGAGCAUGAGGAGGCCAAGCAAAAGGGCAUCAUUCUCGAGUCUCCAGUUGCCUCUCCGAACCCUCAGCGCGACUCGGCCACAUCAAAGACCGGUUUGCUGUCAAAGAAGAACAAGGCCAAGCCUGCCGGGUUGAACCUGGCCGCGGCUAAAGAAGAAAAGUCCCAGUCAAAGACUUCGGCUCUCUUUUCCUCGCUCCUCUCACCGAAGAAGAAGGCGGCCAAGGGCAUCAACAUCUCGUCUCCCAUCAUGACGCCCAUGUCGGGAACUUUCCCUCAGCAUGAAUCUCGCGAGAUGAGCGCCAUUCCUCCAAGGCAUUACGCUCCCGCGCCUCCGCCUCCGAUCCCAACUGACCAAAUUCCUUUUGGUGGCUCCAACGCCAGGGUGUCGGGUGCUCCCAUCACCCCCGAUAUGUCUCCCGAAAGCAUUCAAACCAUCGACGAGCGCAUUGGAGAUGCUUUCGGCCGCGCCAAUCGAUCGAGGACUACGCUACCGUAUGGCGAGAGAGAGCCCGAUUCGGCCACCACGGAAAGCUCUCAGGCUCCCUUGGUUGGUCUUCCGUCAUCUCCCAAGCCCGGAAGUACGUUUCCUUCGCUGCCGUCUUCACCUCGGCCCGGUGCCUCCUUCUCCCGUCCCAACCCACCGUCUGCGGUCCGAACCGGUGGAGCCUUGCCCCUUCGUGCCUACGAAGAGCAGCUGGGUUCGCCUUUCGUCACUGCCCAGACGACCAAGCAGACAGUCUUUGAGAGAACCGGCCCUCUAUCACCAGGUGGCGGCAUGACUCCGUUUACCGGAACCGCAGUACCGUACUCUCCGUAUCAGCCGUAUACUCCUUGCGUCCCAAUCACCCCUGGCUUGGUUACCAAGGAAGAUCGCAAGCGCAUGAAGCGAAUGGUGCCCAAGACGCCAACAUUGGAGAUGGUUAAGAGCUCUGAGGACAUCUGGUAAUUUGGUAGGGAUCGGAGUAACAAGCAGUUCUUUUUUUUCAUACAUUAACUUUUCUUUUUUUUUCUCAUUUCCCCCUUUUACUUCACGCUUCUACUGUUAGAUAAUUUGCCUGGGUUGUCCCAGGAAGGGCACCUUGAUCAUGUCGCCGUGAUUUUCUUCUCGUUUUUCUCAAAACACAUGGCCUUUUCAUCUUUUUCAUUUUUUUCUUAUUGCACACAUAUAUCCAAUGACUUGGGCCAGGAGCGCAGGAUUGAGGAAAGAAGGAAAUUCAUACCCCCGCAUAUUUGUUCACGACUGACGAGAUUUUUGUGUACUUGAUAAGCCUAUAAGCAUCUAAAAAAUCCAUCAUCAAUAAUUGAGUGUUUGGUAUUUUGAAAGAAAUAAAAGAUUGUACACCC